CCUCUUUAUCCUCCUUCCUUACGACCCUCCGCACCCGCCCGGCUGCCGUGUGGAUGCGGGCCGGGGUGCCUGGCUGCGCGGGCGGCGAGAGCCGAUGCUGAGGGGCCGGAGGAGGAUGGAGUGCACCCUCGAUGCGCAGAGUUUGAUCAGUAUUUCCCUGCGGAAGAUCCACAGCUCCCGCACGCAGCGAGGCGGCAUCAAGCUCCACAAGAACCUGCUCGUCUCCUAUGUGCUCCGCAACGCCCGGCAGCUCUACCUGAGCGAGCGCUACGCCGAGCUCUACCGCCGCCAGCAGCACUACCCCGACGGCGCCCCGCUCCUCGCCAUGCCCGCCUGCCCGCCGCCCGCCGCCGCCGCCCCGCCGGAGCUGGCGGCGCUCCCGCUGCCCGCCGACACGCAGGACCGCGAGGCGCGGAGCUGCGGGGCCGCGCGGGGCGGCGCGGAGCUGCUGGAGGUGCCGGUGUGCGCGGUGCCCCCGGAGCUGCAGCGAGCGCCCUGCAGAGACUCGUCCCCGGGCUUCUACCGGGCCGCCGGCGGCGCGGCCCCGGGGCUGCUCUACGCCGCCGGCUGUGACUUCGGGAGCGGCGGGGCCCCGCACUGUAGCAGCCGCACCACGGUGCUGGAUUUGGACACUCACGUCGUGACCACGGUGGAGAACGGGUACUUGCACCAGGACUGCUGCUCGCAGUGCCCCUGCUGCUGCCAGCCGGCACCGGGGCUCGCCUCCCCGCCGCCCGCGCCCGGCACCAAGCGCAAGUAUUACCCGGGGCAGGAGGAGGAAGAGGAGGGGGUGGAGGAAGGGGAGCCGGGGGGAGGCGGGGUGGCGGGCGGCCCCCCCUUCGCCCCGUGCACCAAACGCGCCCGCUUCGAGGAGUACAGCGCCGAGCACCCCCAGGACUCUUCCAACAUCUCCAACUUGAUCUCCAUCUUCGGCUCCGGUUUCACGGGGCUGGUGAGCCGGCAGCAGGCGGACUCGGAGCAGCCCCUCAACGGGCAGCUGUGCAGCAAGCAGGCGCUGGCGAGCCUGGGAGCCUGGACUCGGGCCAUCGUCGCGUUUUAGAGAGAAGUGGGGGAGCAGAAGGGGUGUGGGGGGGGGCUGUUGACAAAACGGGGGUGCGAUCCGAGGGACGGCGGCUCCGGAGGGGGGACCCUGAAACAAAGGCAGGGAGGGGGGUUGGGGCGAGGGGAGGGGGGGUACGAGGGGUGCGCUGGGGAGGCGGGAGGGCAGAGCCGCGCUAGUGUUUUAUAAAUUGUACAAUAAAGAAAAAAAAAUCUAAGAUCUUGGGACUUUAUUUUUGCAGAGAUGAGAG